AUGACUAUAGAUCACUUUGAAUAUGAGGACAAGUGGGAAAAGGGGGGAACUGGGAAUUUAGGACAGAGGGAAGGAACGCUGCCCAACCGCUUUGACCAUCGGAGAUCGAACGACGACCCUGCAAGAAGUAAGAGAGAACAGUCGUGUCAGGAAAUAGAACAGUCGUGUCAGGAACUAGAACAGUCGUGUCAGGAACUAGAACAGUCGUGUCUGGAACUAGAACAGUCGUGUCUGGAACUAGAACAGUCGUGUCAGGAAAUAGAACAGUCGUGUCAGGAACUAGAACAGUCGUGUCAGGAAAUAGAACAGUCGUGUCUGGAACUAGAACAGUCGUGUCAGGAAAUAGAACAGUCGUGUCAGGAACUAGAACAGUCGUGUCAGGAACUAGAACAGUCGUGUCUGGAACUAGAACAGUCGUGUCUGGAAAUAGAACAGUCGUGUCUGGAACUAGAACAGUCGUGUCAGGAAAUAGAACAGUCGUGUCAGGAACUAGAACAGUCGUGUCAGGAAAUAGAACAGUCGUGUCAGGAAAUAGAACAGUCGUGUCAGGAACUAGAACAGUCGUGUCAGGAACUAGAACAGUCGUGUCUGGAACUAGAACAGUCGUGUCUGGAAAUAGAACAGUCGUGUCUGGAACUAGAACAGUCGUGUCAGGAAAUAGAACAGUCGUGUCAGGAACUAGAACAGUCGUGUCAGGAAAUAGAACAGUCGUGUCAGGAAAUAGAACAGUCGUGUCAGGAACUAGAACAGUCGUGUCAGGAAGUCAUGUCAGGAAAUUAG